ACCCUUUGUUUAUUUUUUAUUUACAAAAGUGUGCUUGAAAAUUCCAAACAAACAACUUCUAUUUGUAAAUAUUUUGUACAUAAAAGAAUUGCUAAAAAGUAUCGAAAACAUGUCCUAUUUACUCACGGAAAUUGCCUUGGAGAUGUUGGGCUAUAAAUUUUACGAUAUCUAUGGAAUGCAGGAUGAAAUAAAUAAUUUUCAAAAACAAACUAACACGGAACGCACUUCGGAUAGCAAUGGCACCGAAACCAAUUUGGCUCAAUUGCUGGGAGUUAAUAUGGAAGGCGAUAGGAAUCGUAAGUCAAAUGCUGCAAAUAACAAGGAAUUAUUCGAAGAAGUCAAUGCCAAUUUACCCGAUUCUUUAAACAAACUAAUGGACUGUGAAUACAAUAAAGUAAGGCAACAAGUUUUGCACAAUAAACCCGUCGUAAUGGACAAUCAGAAUGCUCAGGCCAUUAUACAGAACUUCAUUGAAACGGAACACGAGAAAUUGCGUUUUGAACAUCAGAGUUUACGUAAUUUUCGUAAAAUUGUUGAACAAAAUCUAUUACAAGUGAAUCCAGCAACGUUCGAGAAAUAUUGUCAGACUUUUAAACCGGCACGCAAACAACUUAAACGUUUGGAUGGUAAUAAGAAAUAAAUUUAUUGCAGUAUUAUAGUGUUUAUAAAUUAUAAAUGAAUUAAAAAUAAAUUUAACAAUACUA